GUUGAUGAAUUGGAAAUCUCAGAAUAAAAAAUCUUGGCAUGCCACUGACAGAAUAGCAGUUGUGUCGAAUGUUUGAACAUGUUCAGCGCAAAUAUUGCUAGAUGGGAUGGAGACUGAAGUGACAUUUAGGAGCCGGUGUCGACAGGAUGAAUUUUUAAUUUGACAUGUAUUCGUCUCGCUUUCAUGGAAUUAUUCUUGUUUUAUGAUUUACAUGUAUAAUACUUGUAUGAUCACUAUGUGGAUGACAGUAAGAUUAUUCCAAUACCGUAAAUCUAUGUAGGAAGAGCAAUAUAGAAAAUUGAAUGUCCAUAAAGCAAGGAUUUUGAGAGGACAGGAAGGAUUUUGUAGAAUGUGAAGCACUCUUAUGAUGGUCGUUUCUGGAGCAGCGCCGUCCUGCCUCAGUUGUCAGUCUUCUACUUGCCACUUUAUUUCGUAAUUCAUAAACGUAAAUGAAACAAAUCCACGUUGAGUUUAUACUUUUUUAUCUACUGCAGAGAAAAUUAAUUUUACCAAGUGAAUGAUUUUAACGCCCAAGUCCAAGUUAGGAUAUACCGUAUGAACAACAGGAGGUGCAGUCAGUUUCUCGGGAGAGCUGAAAAAUACUCUCUAAGGACCACCGCUCACCCGGUUCUUUGAAAGUCAAUUUUUUUCUCAAAUCUCACAUGGAGAAUGAAAAUUAGAAUAUUAUUCCCCCCCCCUUUCUGUGUACAAAGUGACUCUUGAGACCAGGCGUAGUGGUAAUGCUCUCAUCCAUUAAAAAUAGUAAUUUAGACGUGCGUUAUAUCUAACGACAUUAUCUUUUGCAUUCCGCAUAACGAUGGAAAUAUUCUCCCUAGGCGUGUAUGAUGGGCGCAACGGCUGGUUGGCCACAAGAUAGUCCCCCUAACGAUUCACACUCUUCCGGCCCAGCGACCGCAGUGGGAAGCGUCCCAAUAAGCCUCGAUCAGUAGUGGCCCACUGGAGCGGCCCACUAAAGCGGCCCUCAGUUGCGGCCCACUGACCCGACUAACCUCCGCUCUCCUCACCCGCGCCGCAUGCAACAAUGGCCACAGAUGCGCAGCGGCGGCAGUUAUGUCCGCGGCUGCUGGACUACAUGGUGGUGGUCGGGGCGCGCACUCCCGGUAGGGCCGCCCCCGUGCAGCCCCCUGAAUUGCUUCGGAGGUAUCCACCAGAUGACCACAAGGACUUCCCCUUGCCACUGGACGUGAUAUACUUCUGCCAACCUGAAGGAUGCAUUUCUGUCGGACCCAGGAAAACGUCCUUGAGGGAGGCUUCGUCUUUCGUCUUCACCCUCACCGACAAGGACUCUGGUGAGUAUAAAUGUGAGGUUAAUAUUUCCGCUUGGACUGGCUCCUUGUCUUGCAUCUCCAAUAUUGCAUUUCGAGUCCUUGCGGUGAGGGUGAAGACGAAAGACGAAGCCCCCCUCAAGGACGUUUCCGGGUCCGAGAAAUGCAUCUUCAGGUUGGCAGAAGUAUAUCACGUCCAGUGGCAAGGGGAAAGUCCUACGGCGAAAUGA